AUGCCUCUGGGACCUAUAAUGAGAUUAGAUCUAGAGAAAAUAGCUCUCAACUAUAUUGUUCCCUGUUUGCAUGACAUCGGCUUCUGCUACUUGGACAAUUUCCUGGGCGAGGUAGUAGGGGACUGUGUGUUGGAGCGAGUGAAACAGAUGCACUAUAACGGGGAGCUGCAGGACGGUCAACUAGCCGGCCGCAGCAAUGGCAUCUCCAAAAGACAUUUGAGAGGAGACCAGAUAAAGUGGAUCGGAGGCACUGAGGAAGGAUGUGAGGCCAUCAACUUUCUCUUGUCGUUGAUAGACAGACUGGUGAUGUAUUGUGGAAGUAGACUGGGCAAGUACUAUGUCAAGGAAAGGUCCAAGGCAAUGGUAGCUUGCUACCCUGGGAACGGAACUGGGUAUGUUCGUCACGUAGACAAUCCAAAUGGCGAUGGGCGCUGUAUCACCUGUAUUUAUUACCUGAAUAAGGACUGGGACUCAAAGCUGCAUGGUGGAAUUCUUCGAAUAUUCCCGGAAGGAAAGUCCUGUGUAGCAGAUGUUGAGCCCAUUUUUGACAGGUUACUUUUUUUCUGGUCAGACCGAAGGAACCCACAUGAAGUGCAACCUUCCUAUGCAACCAGAUAUGCCAUGACUGUGUGGUAUUUUGAUGCUGAAGAAAGAGCAGAAGCCAAAAAAAAGUUUAGGAAUUUAACUGAUGCAGGGAAGACAGAAGCAGCUCUCCAUGAAGACAACAGUGAUCUGCUGGCAUAGUGCUUUUAUCACAACCGUUUC